GGCUAGCUACUUUCUACAUUUCUACAGAUUAAACAUGUCGGGUCGUUCAGUUCGAGCGGAGACACGAAGUCGCGCUAAAGAUGAUAUUAAGAAAGUGAUGGCUGCUAUAGAGAGAGUCCGCAGAUGGGAGAAGAAGUGGGUGACGGUGGGAGAUACGUCUUUAAGAAUAUUUAAAUGGGUUCCUGUCGUGGACACCAAAGAGAAAGAGAAGAGUAAAGUACCUGGAGCUGCAGCGAUUCAGAGAAACAGUUUCCCAUCAGAGGAAACAUCAGAAAACUCCUGUCCUGGACUCCUCGAUUAUCAAGAUGAGAACAGCAGUCAGAGUUCACUGUCAGAUUCCUUCCAGUUGAAGCCGGCCGUGUUGGACAGCAGUACCAACUCCAGCCCUCAACGCAGCGAACCCGUCAGCCCCGCUACACACUCACACACACACUCACACACACACUCACACACUCACCAGUACCGGCCAGACGAUCCCCAGCCACCCACCCUGGGUCAGGAGUGUAUGGAGGCACCGUCUCAGCAGCAGGAAACGACUGAUGAACCACCAACACUGAUCAAGGAAGAUGUUCUACCCAGCACUGCUCAGGAGCAGGAGGAGGAGAGCUGUGGAGCUCCACCACUGAAGAGAGUGUGUACUGAACACACAUCUGUAAUCAAGUUCACUAGUUAACACACACACACACACUCACACACACAUACACACACAGAUAAUCAGUGGGACAGUGAGUCGCUGAAUCCGGACCAGAUGAUAACAGAUCAAUAAAUAAACGAUCAGGUUUUUGUUCCUGUAACCGGAGGAUUCAUCAAUAAUGUGAAACUGCAGUGAAAUAAAAUCCUCGUACUGUCUGAUGCUAACGUUUUCACACCUCUGCUCAAAUUCAGCGUUUCGUUUAGUGGAAA